AUGGUACGAAAGCUGGAGGUUCUCUGGAAGCGCCGAGUUGGCACCGAUGGGUAUCCAAAGUGGGUGAACAAAUGGAUAGAACAGCUAUUCUAUCUCGAUCGGAAAGGAUUUUGUAUUUGGCAAUUCAGCAUCUAUUGCUCACGUACCCAAUCAGGCCCCGAAGAAAAUCUUUCCUACCAAAAGGGUGAGCGGCUCUGGUACUUUUAUGGCUCGAUUAAUAUUGAAGAGGAAGUUGCGCGACUUAUCAAUAACCAAUGCGGAGCUGUGGCCGUGGCGGUGUGUGCGAGUCCGUCGAUACGUGAGGCUGUCACGAAGACUGUUCAACCCCGCGCGGGAAGAAAUCUCCAACUGAUAAUUUUCGAUCCCGAUACAUGUCAUGCACGGGGUGGAGACAAAGAUUUAAUUGAGGACCGCCCGGAUCCACUACCAACAGUUACGGGAGAGGAUAAGCAAAUUGACCAAGUACGACGGUUUCGCGCGGACAGAAAGGGGCCACAAUCGUCAUUGUCCGAGGAAGUAAAUACGCAAACCGGAAGUGUUCAGAUGGGCAACCAUGCGAAGUAG